AUGCUUCUCUUACAGACGCUGUUUAUUGCGGGUCUUGUCUUGAAAGAUUCUUGCUUCCAUGUGAGUGGAAGUGACGUGAGUCUGAAUUUUGGCGAGCACAUAACCCUGGCUUGCUCGCCAAGUGAAAAACCCGACUUGUUGUUUUGGUUUCGGCAAAAUCUCGGACAGAAACCCACUCUUGUGUCCUCGCUGUACACCUUCGACCAGAGGGGAAUCUUCUACAGCACGUUCAAGGACAACCCACGCUUCAGUCUGACUCCUGACUUCCACUUAAUCAUUUCAGAUUUGCGAGUUUCUGACACAGCGACGUACUAUUGCGCUUCGAGCCAACACUACGAGCUGAAAUUCGCCAAUGGGACGAACGUGAUUGUCAAAGGAACUGGCUUAAACACAGGAGGAAGCAACGAUGUAGAAGCCGCUGGACUGUCCCAGGUUCUCAACUGCAGCGUCAGGACGGAGAGCUGUGUCGGAUUGCGAGGGAUUCACUGGUUUAAACAGUUUGAAGAAUCGAUGAUGGGCGUCGUCUACGGUGUGUGUGGGAGCGACAUGGAGAAUUCCAACACCUGUUUGUACGAGCUCCCAGUUCAAUAUGUGAGCUCAGAGCAGACUGGGGGAGCCUACUGCGCUGCUGUCACCUGCGGACACCAGCUCCUUGGGAAUCAAACCAAAGUGAAGGUUUCCCCCAGACCCCCCCAGAUGGCCUCCCUGUGGGGGGCUGUGGCCUUCACCUACGCUCUGCUGUUUGCUCUGACUCUGCUCCUGUGCUGUUUAAACCAGAGGAAUAAAACUGAGACGUGCAGUGGAUCAACUCCAUACAAGACCAGAACCAAGACUUUCCACAGAGAUGUGCUUCUCUACGUGGCCACCAGGGGGACGGAGAGUGGCGCCUCCAGGAGACAAAAGGACGACACCUGGAGCGAGUGUGUCUACUUCAGCGUCCAAUAA